AUGGCGCUCAUAAAAUCAGAAACAUCAAAACUUCCUCACUGGAAUAUUCGAGAGUCGUCCUGUGUUAGACACCAACUUCCAAAAAUUGUGAAGACUCCAGAAAUCGAUUACGACAAUCUGCAGCUUCUUUGUAACAUUCCCGGUCUGACACUGAGUGAUGAUGCAUCAGAUAAAGAAGCGCAUGCCAGAUUUAUGCAGACUUACAAACAAAUAUUUGCACAUAAACUAUCAAAGACCAAAUUUUCUGUCCCCACUAAGAGCGUACACACUUUCAGGAUGAACGCAGGAGAACUACAAGGCAUGGGUAAACAGCUGGCACUUAUAAGUAAACCAGAUAACAAACUUGCCAGAAAAGUGAAUUCAAAGACAGCACAUUCUGGCACCAUCAGAGAACUCUGUAAUGUCCUGCCCAGUCAAAGGAAGAAGGAAGAGCAUAAGUCCACGAGAAAGGCCACAAUUUCAACUCUUAGACACAUUCUAAGGAAAAGUCCGUUGGAACGAACAACAAGUGACAAUGAUCAGAUUUUCUCAAUUCUGCAAACUUUUGAUUUCUUUGUGAACAACGUUGACCCCGCAGUUCUAAAACUUCUGUCUUCUGUGGCAUGCCUAGAAGUUUGGAAGGACGUAAACUUUUAUGUCUAUGGCAAAACAGGCGUACACAUGGUGCUCAAAGGAUCAGUGACACCAGUACUGAAACCAUAUACUUUGGCUGAUGGAGAAGGUGUUUAUCCAAAGCCAAGUGUUUCUUUUGGUGAAUCCAGUGAGGAGGAUGCUUCACAAGUCAGACUUUUUCCUGGUGACUGUUUUGGUUCCUGGUUUCAGUGUGAAGAACCAUAUACAAAAGACCUGAGUGUGCUGACAGCAGAACCAAAUUGUGAAUUUAUGAAAAUCUCUGCAGCUAAUUACCAACAUGUGAUUACACAAAUGAAACACAAAGAACAGACAGAGAAACUUAACCUGCUGAUGUCAUGUGACCAAUACAAGACAUGGCCGAGACAACCACUGUUGUCUGUGGCAGCGUGUAUAGAGUGGGUUUCAUUCCCUCCAAACACAGUUUUGGUGUCUGAAGGCAACAAGUCACCAUUUAUUGGAUUCAUCCAGUCUGGAAAAUGUGCACUUCUGAGAAAACUUCUUGUCCGACGUAACAGCCAAACUGGCCAGACAGAGAAACAGGUAGUGAUGGGAGAACUUGGCCAGCAUGAUUCAUUUGCAGAAAUAAGUUGCCUUUUGGAUGAGUCUGUGAGCUGCUCUAUUGUAACAACCACUCAUGUCAGACUUGGCAUCAUUCAGCCUGAGAAAGCUAAAGGUCUGGAUGAAGUGACAAGACAGCUGAUGGUGCAGUCAAGCAGCAGAAACAUGGAACAUCUCACAAUGGAAGACAUUCAGAAUGAGUACCUUCAACAAGAACAGAGAAGAAAGUGGAAUGCAUUUAAACAAGAACAGGUUCUCAAGGUUGUCAAAGGUCAAGGAAGUCGACACAAGUUGGGCACAUGGGCAAAGUGA